UUCCGCAGCCAUUCGCAGGGAGCCUCGCCGCCAGUCGAUAAUUAGGUGCGCCAACAGUUCCAACCCGAAACCGGUGCCAGCGUUCGGGCGAUUUGUUUUUUGUGUUUUCGAUUUCGCACCAGUCCCAUCGGUGAUCGGUCGGUCCGAUUCGGUGUCCAGAUAAGCGUGCCUCCGUCGCCGUAACUGUCGUGCGUUUCGCGUGCGUUGCAUAAUACCAGUGCCAGUCGUACUCGGAAAAGUCGAGCACACUUCACCCGGACGCCACACGGAGUGUCCAUCGUCGAUUGGCCGUUUUGUUCUCGGAAAGGGGGUGCUUUUCUGCCACAGUCUUGCCGCGUAGCGCGCCGCGUGUUGCAAUCCACUCUCCCGGGUUUCGAGUGAAGUGACGCAGAUAUCCCACCCGCUCGAAGGGCGAACCGGAAGUUCAGCAAGAGAAGCCGAAAGUCAAAAUGCUGGAAAUAACGUGCAACGAUCGCUUGGGCAAGAAGGUGCGCGUGAAGUGCAAUCCCGACGAUACGAUUGGCGACUUGAAAAAGUUGAUCGCGGCCCAGACCGGCACGCGCUACGACAAAAUAGUGCUGAAAAAGUGGUACACAAUAUACAAGGAUAACAUUAAGCUGGCGGACUACGAAAUCCACGACGGCAUGAACAUUGAGCUUUACUAUCAGUGAGCAUUUUCGGACGCGGACCUGUUUCCGCUGCAGCUCCUAUGCGGAACUUACGUGCGAGAGGAGUCGGUUGUUGUCAUCGUAUCGAUUUUUGGCGAGCCUGACUGGCCAACACAAGGGAACCGGUUGGCGCACGGUGGGAUUUACGGCAGAAGGAAGGAAAACUUUACCAUGUAGGCACAAAGUCCUGAUCAAUACUUGAGCUGGGAAUGGCUUGAGAACGUUUUGCGAGAAAUUGAGAGGAAUAAAAUUUUGUACGCUGAUGAUAACUCGGAGUUUAACGGGAGGCACAUUUUAGUUUUUUUAUGUAAGAAUUCCAAGAAAAGAGGAUGGACCGUUACGGAUAUGGUUAGGAUAUUGUUGAAUGAAUAAAACUAUACUAAACGGAUUGCAA